AUGUACCGGGAAAAAGGUAAUUUUUCCUUUUCGUUGUUAUUUUCGAAAGCAGGUAGCGGCGGGCAAACCGUUAGCAAUUCGUUAUUAUUAUCGUUUUUAAAAAGCGAAAUAAAAAAGGUCGUUCAAUUAAGCUUUUUUCAAACGGCUUUUGCGUUUUGGUAUUUAUUGCUUUUAACGUUAACGGAACGCCGGGCCCGUUGUUUUUUAUAUAAAUUGUGCCGCUUUUGCUUAAGGGUUAGCUUCGAAAAUGUUAUAUUUUUUGUAUUUACCCAAAUUCGAUUUUUUAUAACGAACGUGCUUAACAAAAACUGCGGAAAUAUUGCUUUAUAUACGCGUUUAAAACUUCCGUUUGCCCGUUAA